UAUGUAUCAGUGAAUCUUGACAAGGAAUUUUCACACGUUUCGAGACGGGAAGAAAAGAGCACUGAAAAUUUUUAUUCCCGUGUUAAAAAAGCAACCAAUUUUUAGUUAAGCAAUCGAGAACUUACCCAGUGAUUGUUAACAAUAUAUAAUGUCAGAAGCCGGAAAGAAAAUAGCGGAGUUGCGCGUGUGCGACCUAAAGUCUGAGUUGGAAAAGCGCAAAUUAGAGACGGUAGGCCCAAAAGCGGUGCUCAUUGAACGUCUCGAACAGGCGCUGAAAGACGAGGGGUUAGACCCGGCCGUCCACUUUAUCGUGCCAGGCUCGAAAGCCAAGAAACCGUUUGCCAUGCCCAUGAAAGAUCCCCAUAUAGAUGUGCAAAUCAAGGAAGAACCGAUCGAAGUCGAGGACGAGCAGCACGAUACUUAUGGGAAUGGAGACGAUUUCUCCCAUCAUGCCGACGACGAUGGUCAUGAAAUUGACCAGGUGGGCGAUGUGGACGAUGAGUGCGUGAUUCUUGAUGACGACGAUGAAGACGAUGAGGAGGAUCAGGAAUACGACGAUGAGCACCAAAAUGGCGAGGUCGAAGCCGAGGGAGAUGCUCAAGAUGGUGAGGAGGAGAACAAUGGCGAUGGUGAGGCCAUAAAUGACAUUCACGGUGAAGAGGAGAACACCGGGGACACCGGAAACUUGGACAACGACGAGUCCAUCAACUUAACUAUAGGUGAAGAUGAGCAGAAGCUACUGCACGACGAGGCCCCUGACGACAAGUCUAUUAAAUCUGUGAAACCGGCAAACAAAUCCGAUAAGUCCAACUCAAAGGAUGCCGACAAUAAGAAUGACAAGAAGCGAGAUGAUAAAUCGUCUGACAAAAAGGACUCAAGCGAUCAAAAGUCGACUGGAAAAUCGUCCAAUCAAAAGGAUGAAAAAGAGAAAUCGACAGCAGCAGCUGGUGCCACAUCCUCUACUGCAUCGAGUGCCGCUGGCAACAAGUCCGGAUCCGGUUCGAGUACUGGCAAUGGUACCGGUGCCAAUUCGAACAACAAGCAGGCGACGCUGUCGCGAAAUCUCUGGGUUUCCGGGCUAUCCACUUUAACCCGUGCCAGUGACCUCAAGGCAAUCUUCUCCAAAUUUGGCAAGGUGAUAGGCGCCAAGGUGGUCACCAACACGCGUACUCCGGGCACCCGCUGCUACGGAUACGUGACCAUGUCUUCUUCAGCGGAUGCGUCACGUUGCAUCGAGAAUCUGCACCGCACCGAGCUGCAUGGACGCAUCAUUUCGGUGGAGCGCACCAAGAACGAGAUUGGCGGCAGCAUAAACUCUAAGGAUGCUAAGGGCAAGAUUACGGGCGACGCUGGAAACAAGAAGAAGGACGACGAAGGCAAGAAACCCGGAAGCGGCAAGGGCUCCAGCACCAACGGUGGUGAUGACAAGAAGGGCGGCGAUGGAAGCGGCGACAAUAAGUCCACUGGCGGCGAUUCCAAGCGUGAUGGCAAGGAGAGCAACAGGGACCGAAACCAGCGGCGCAUCGAUGACAGGGGCAAGUCGUCUGCUAGCCAGGAUAGACCGCGUCACGAUCGCGAGCGAUCCAGUGGUCAAAAGGGGCCGGGUAAUCAGGAUCAUCGUCAGCGCAAUCCGCGCGACGUCGACCGUGAAAUCCAGCAGCGCCAGAGAGAGCGAGAGCGCCGCCAGCGGGAGAUGUUGUCCUACCAGAAGAUACGUGAGGAGCGCGAACGCCAGCGCCUCCGCGAGCGGGAGCGUGAGCUGCGUGAGGAAGAGCGUCGACGUCGGGAGGCGCGUGAGCGGCAGCGCAUCGAAGAGGAGCGCCUGCAGGAGGAGCGGCGCAAGCUUGCCAUCGAGCGUGAACGGCUCGAGCGGGAGAAGGCCGAGCUUCUACGGAUGGAGCGCGAGCGUCAGAAGCUGGAACGAGAAAAAAUCGAGCUGGAGCGCCUCGAGCUGAAGCGACAACAGAUGAAGAUCAUGGAGUCUCGCGAUGAUACUGGCAAGCGCGGGGUAAGCAAGCGCACUGACGACCGCUACGGAGAUGUUUCCGAUCGCAAGCGUGCUGCUAUUUUUGAUGCCCCGCCACCACCAAGAUUUGACGCGAAUCUAGUUAGCUCGCGCAGCACCUAUGACAAAAAACAUGAUGACUACGGAUCCUCGUCGUCCAACAAGCGUGUGCUGGAUGACUACUCCAGCUCCAACAAGCGCAUCGAUUACUCUAGCAAGCGCAAUGACUACAGCUCUUCUUCGGGAUCCAAACGUGGUGCUGUCGAUGAUUACUCUUCUGUGCCCAGCAAACGCUCAAACGAUUAUAGCGGUUCCUCGUCCAGCAAGCGUGAUGAUUACAAGCGCGAUGUGGAAGUGCGUCACUUGCCACUUUCGGGAACUGUUGGAGGCGGUUCGAGCAGCUCGUACCUGCACAAGAACAACACAAGCGGAGGCACUGGGUCCUACGUACACAAGAACAACACUGCCGGCACAGGAGGACGCUAUAACGAUUCGGAUCGCACAAAUACCUCGAGCUAUAGACGCGAUGACUCCCACAGCCUGGGCAACAAACGUUAUGACAACUCCAGCGGAGGCGGUGGAGGCUAUGGUAGCAGCUCAAACAGCGUAAACAUUUGGGCUUCGUCAUCCGGCGGCGGAAGCUCCCACUUGGGCAGCAGCAGUGGCACAGGCAACCCAAUGAAGACAUACGGCAACAAUGGCAUGUCCUCAAAUAUCCACAGCACCAAUUCCUGGCAGAAGUCGGCUCCGGUCGAGGAUAACAACUGGCGUCAGAUGCCCGGUCGCUUUGAUCGCGGCUACAAUGAUCGUUCGACCGGCUACCAAGGCCAAAGUGGUGGGGGAGGAACUGGCGGAAUGUACGGACCCAGCCGUCCCGCCCAGGAUCGUUAUAGCGGACCGGUGUCGCGCUAUUAGAAAGAUUGCAUUUCACAAGAGGCAAUUCAAAACAUGAUCACCCGCAUCCUAAUUAAGUUCUCCCUCCUGAAUGACCUUUCCCACAGCGUUUAGGAGCGCUGCUUCUAUUUUAACUCGGUUUAGUUGUAGUUUUAACACUUUAAAAUUACAUUUGGUAACUAAUAAAUACAUUACCAAAACAUGUGACAAAUAUGCACAUAAUCAUA